ACACGUGUGUUUUAUAUACAAAUUAAAUUAUAAAAAGAGAAAACAAUUUUCUGAGAGAUAAAUUCGAACAGUAACAGUACACGAUGACGACUCUACUUGGAUUUUCAAGGAUUUUUAAUUACGCGGCGAGCACUUGUUUAAGAAGAGUGACACCAAUCGCAAGUUGCAAUAAACAGUAUCCUGCACUGAAAUUGUGGGAAACGCCAGUGGCACAAAUGCGAACAGUCAAACCAUCAUGGUUAAACACAAUCCCGGAUUAUCAAACAGAGGUGAAAGAAUGGGACGAAGAAAGAGAAAGGAUAUGCACUGACGUAACAAAUGAAAUCAACAAUCAAAUUGCAAGGAACAAAGUUGGCCGUAUGUUUGCAGUUGUGCAGAUAUGUGGGAAACAGUUCAAAGUGACGGAAAACGACAUUCUAAUUAUCGAGGGAGGUUGGCCACCGACUAUAGGCGAUCGUUUGAAAUUGGAGAAAGUAUUACUCGUUGGAAGUUCAGCUUUUACUCUCGUAGGAAGGCCGAUAUUGAACAGAGAAUUGGUUUCGGUCGAUGCAACGGUUAUUGAAAAAACUUUGUCUCACACAAAAACUCGCUUUAGGUUUAUUCCAAGAAAACAGUAUCGCCGUAUAAAUUUCUACAGGAUACAAUUUACAAUGCUGCGAAUUAAUUCCAUAAGGAUAAAUGGCAACAUCGACGAGAAGAAAGAAUUUGAAGGACUGGACAGAGUAUAUUAGCGAUAUAAAAAAAUUUAUAUAAAUGUACAUAAAAUAAAAUGAUAUACAAGUAACAUG